GAAAAAGAAAAGCCAAACUCUUUUCUGCGCUUGAGCUCUGGGCCGGCGGCGGGAAGCUCAUGCUCCUUCCAAUUUCCUGUCAGGUCCAUGUUUGAGAUCUGACAAAUUCCUGGCAGGGUGCAUUGAUCUGGCUAUAAAUACCUGACGGUGAGGGGCGGGAAGCCCCCUGGAAGGAGGGCCCGGGCCGGGCCGGGCCCCAAGGCGAGGCGAGAGGCGGGAGCAGCUCCCGCAGCCGCGGCGGAGCAGCCCCGCCAGCGAAGUCCCUAAUGGAAGGGGAGCUGCAUUAAGCCCAUUAACAUCGGCUAAAUGGCUCCCAUCAAUUUUUAAUCAGAAACCCAAGCGGGGCGCGGGGCGGCGGAUCCCAGCAGCAAGUAAAUUUAAAUACCGGUGACGGGGAAAUCCAAUCACUUAAGCGGAGGAGCCCGCGAGGCAGCGCUGUCGGGCUGCCGGGGAGGGGGGGCGGCAGCUAUAUUAAUAAAGAUUAAAGCGCUGCGAAGCGGCCAUGCGAGCCCAGCCCAGCCCUUAACCCUUCGCGCGCCAUGCCCGCGCUGCUCCCGGGCAGAGCCGCCCGGACGUGCCCGGCGCUGCCGCUGCCGCCGCCGCCGCGCCGCCGCCCGGCCCCGGCCCCGGCCCUGGGAGGCUGCCGGGGGGCGCCGUAGGGCCCCGGAGCGGGGAGGAUGCGGCAGCGGGUGCCGGUCCCCGAGGGGCUGCUGGCGCUGGGGGCGGCCGUGCUGUGGCAGCCGUGCCAGGGCAGCUGGAGCUGCGGGGAGCUGCGGUGCGGCGAGCGGGAGAGCUGCUGCGACUACGGCAAUGUCACCUACACGGAGAUCAAGUGCUGCAAGCUGCCCUUUCACACCUUCCUGGACAACGUGGGCUGGUUCGUGCGGAAGCUCUCGGGGCUGCUCAUCCUGCUCGUGCUCUUCGCCAUCGGCUACUUUCUGCAGCGCAUCAUCUGCCCCAGCCCGCGCCGCUACAGCCGCCCGCAGCGCCCCGCGCUGCCGCCGCCGCGGGGCUCGCCCGGCUCCCCGCUCACCGCCACGGCCGCCACCUCGCAGGACUCGCUGCUGGACAGCAGCAGCGGCGGCAGCGGCCGCUUCCCCGGCGAACGGGACGAGCCGCGCCUGCCCGCGCUCUCGCCCGUCUUCCUGCAGCUGCCCAGCUACGAGGAGGUGAAGUACUUGCCCACCUACGAGGAGUCCAUGCGGCUGCAGCAGCACAGCCCCAAGGACGUCGUGCUGCCCGUGUCCAGCCUGGCCACGGCCGCGGAGCCCGAGCGGGCAGGGGGCAGAGUCGCCCGCAGCUGCAGCUGAGCCAGCGGCUCCCCCUGCCCCGCGGCUUCAGCUCCGUGCAGCGGGCGCUGAGGAGGGCCCAGAAGCUCCCGGAGCAGCCCCCCGCCUCCUCCUGGCCUUUCCCUCUCCACUGUGUCUCUCCAGGGGACUGGAGGGGCACAGGCCUGCAGCUACACCAACAUCGUGCUUUCUCUGCCCCUCAGCUCACUAGGAACUCGGUGUGUGCCUGUCCCUACAACCCUGCUCCUCGCAGACUGAAGCCCCAAAAGGCACAAGCUGAGAUUUCCUGUAUGAUUAGAGCACAGGUUCUCCUUCAGGCCUGGGGACAGAGUGAGAGAGGAACGCUCCUAACCCGCUGUGGCAUUUUUGCCAAUCCUGCAAGACUCUCAGCUGCAGGCAGGAGCCUGGGAUGACUGUGCAGUUCAGAAGGGGCAUAGAAAAGCAGCCCCCUGAACGGUCAGCCCCACAGAAGUGAAUGCCAACAGCCCCCUUCCCGCUUCCACCAAUUGCUGCUACCAUUCAGAGUUCACGUUCUGCCAGCCUCCACUGGGGCAGUUUGGGACUAGGGCUCCCGCUAUAUUAAGUGCUGUUGUACAAACACCUAGAAAGACAUGGGCCUUGCCUGGAGGAUUUUACAAUCCAAGAUGCCUAUUUCAUGCAUUGUAAACUUUACCCAACAGUCAGACCACAGUCCAGGUGAUUACUGUACUGGUCCUCACCUGCAAGGAAAAGAUCAGUAAUGCAGAAAGAACACCAUAUGGCUAAUAAGUUGCAGUUCCACCCUUACCUCAUAAAAGGUAACCCGCUUGGAGCCCACGGACUUCUUGCUUAAAGAAUUAUUCACUCCAUUCAUCCACUCCAGACUUCCUUAGCUUGCUUGCAAGAAUGUUGUGGGAGAUGUAUCAAAAGCCUUGCUGAAGUCAAGGUAUAUCACGUCCACUGCUCUCCAUGCCUCCACAGAGCCAGUCGUUUCAUCAUAGAAGGCAAUCAGGAUCCUGAACUCAAAUCAUCUCAUGGUCGCUGCUAUCCAAGUUGCCAUCUACUUCUACAUUCCCCGCCAAUUCUUCUCUGUUUGUGACCAGCAGGUCAAGAAGACCAUGACCCCUCCAAGUUGGCCUCUCCAACUUUUGCACCAGUGUUGUGAUGUAGUGAGAUAACACUUUUUCUGGGACAACUGGAGCUAAUUCCAGUUAACUGCCAUUUGAGAUGCAUGACAAAAGACUGCCCCACAUGAGUCAAGCCUGGGACAAUCAGACCUUAGAUAAACCAGUCUUUGCUUUUAGCCUGAGAGAGGAAUGCCUGUCCCAGAUUUGUACAAUCUUGGUACCUUCUUUUCACAGUUAUUUAAAAGCCUGAUCAGCUGAAAAAGAAGUCUUGGAAGAGGCACAGUUUUUCUAGUGGAAGCAAUUCAGCCUUCUGGCUAAGAUCAAGCAAGGCUGCGGGCACCUGAACCCCAAGGCCCUCAGGCCUGUGGCUUGUAUGUAGGAUGCCUGCCUGAAUUUGGGGAGUAUCCGAAGCCUGAGACCAAUGGGUCUGGGAAGGAGAAUGCUUGUCCAGCAGCGUUCCCUCUAAGCUAUGCAGCGUGUGCAGCCGUGCUCAUGCCGCACUGCUAGGCAUACCUGUGCAGCUGCUCACACCACGCAGCUUAGAGGGAAUGCUGUUGCCCAGUGACAAAGCCACACAGCCUUGACGAUUCAGUUUUGCUCAGUGAAAUUUUGGAACUUGACUGUUAGGCUUUGCCCAAUUGAAUAUGGAACUGAUUUGGCCUUGUUAAAAAAAUAAAGAAAAAUCAAUAUGUUGUUUGUACCUAUUUCAGAUUUAAAUGAAAAAUUAACAGGGAAAAAUACACAGUAGCACUUAAUACACCAUAUUUUGCAAUAUUUUCUCCUCAUCUAGAUUUUCUAUACCAAAAUACUUAGAUCAGGACACAGCGAUGGUAAAGAAAAAGGAAAUAAAAAUGGAAAAGUUUAGAAUCCACCUGUAAAUUGUGAUUCAGAUCUAAAGUAGACUGACAGCAAUUGCAAUUCCAUACCAGUUGGUGAUCAAUGCAGUCUCCAUGAAAUGAAAUGAAGGUUUACUCCAAUUCCUAAUGAAUAGAUGUCCUUAGUGACCUGAGGAAGGGCACUUGAUGCCUGAAAGCUUUUCCAAGAGCUCUUCCAACUGUACAGUUACUUUAGUCCAAUAAAAGAUAUCACAAAAAAGCCUCACCUCUCAGUAAAAAGUCAUUAUUGCAUUUGACACUAAUUGGCACAUUUAAUGAUACUCCCUGUAGAAAGGCUAAGGAUGGAUCAGACAUUGAAGACUGAGCCAAUGCCUCACCAUACUUGUGAUCACCUAGGUUUAAGUCUGAAGCAUAUUAACAGUGAAGUUUAAAUAGGUAUGUCUGUACUAUACCCAUUCUGUAGAUGGCUAAGGGACUUCAGCUUUCAGUGAUUUUUUGGGGGGAGCUUUUCACAGCAUUACAUUUGCUAAUGGUCAACUUUCCUUUCUAAAAAAUUGUCUCCCGAUAUACACCCUGUUUACUUUGCAGUUACGGUAUUGCUACAAUGGUCAAAGAAAGCAGGGAACAAAAACCACUUGCCUAAAGUACAAUGCUUGCCUAAAUUAUGGCACUGUUGAAUUCUUCUCCAUGUGUCUAAUUCUGUUUUAAACUAGGGAUCAAUUACUGCUUUUUGCCACUGGAUUAGGUCCGGUUGCCUGCUGAGUGUCCCUCAACAGCUACUGAAAUAACUGAAAAUUGAAAGCUCUCAGCACCUCUCAGGAUCAGGCCCAUAAUCUCCAUUUAAACAGAUAGAGAGAAUAUCUGUCCAUCUUGAAGAAAGGAUUUAGAGUGGUGUCAAAAAGCACUGAUAGUACAUGUAGAUUAUAGAUAAUAUAAUCCUUCAUGUUUGGUAUACAGUCUUUUUAGCUGGAUAUCGUCUUAAUCUCCAAGAAAAAGGUAUGCUCAUUUAGAAAAGAGAUUAGAAUACCAGUAUUUCUAAUCAGUAGAUUGCAAAAUCCCAACUGCUGUGUCUAUUUCACUAUUUAAAAUAAAGGAUUUCCUGCAGUCCUUUAAAAUAAAUACACAGGUGAUCAAACAUAAUAUUGUUUAUACUUCCAUACUGGCUAAUCAGUCCAGGACUGUGCAAAGAAAGUGAUUAGCUUGGUAUUUCUUUGAUGAUAGCAAGCCAUUAUCUUUUCAUAUAAAGCACUCAUGCAGUUAUAAACAUCUAACAGGUAGGUGAAUGCACCUAUGUUAAAAACCAACUAAUGUAUAUGUAUGCUUUGAACUUCAUACCAUUUGUCAGCUCUUGACUGCAGUGAAUCACUGAAAAUACACAUCACUGGAAAUAAACGAUCUAAACAGUAAUUUCUUCAGGUUUUAAGAAGUAAAAUAUGAAUGUGCAGCACAUAUUAUCACACCACAUUUCAUGACAGGUGUGAGAGGACAUCAUAAGUGAAAUGGUUAGCUAGUUAAUUUUACCAUCUUCUGAAAAAAUAAAUUCCUGGUACCUUUAAAUGUACAUAUGGCUUUAUAUACAUUAGUCCAUAUAUUCCUCUAGCUACAUAAAACUAUAAGUAAUAAAACUCAGUUACACCUGUUCAACACAAAACUGUAUUUUAUGGAAACAUGAGAUAUCAGUUAAUUUUGCAGCUAAUAAAUAAAUGUUACUAGUGAUACCUUUAAUUUUUACAAAAAUAAAGUUCAAAUUUUCAACGUUUA